CGCAGACCUAUUUUCGACCCAGUUUAAUUUUUAGUGUCUUACACACACACGUUUUGCGUUUUUCCAUUGGUGUAUUUACGCACAUGACAGAGUGUGAGGGUUUGUGAGGGAGAAGGGGAGAGACGUGUGAUGUCUAGAGUGGGGAUCACAUUCAGCCUGGGGAGCCUUCUUCUGUUUGAGGUGAGGAAAAGGUGGAAGCAGGAGGAAGAAGAAAAGGAGGAGGUGAUUUGAGGUGGUGUGAGUGAAUGCAGCCAUGGCCUGUAGCCGCUGUUCAUAAAGAAGCCACACAGUGGAAGCGAGACCAAAGGAGACAGAUGACCAUCAGGAUGAAACUGAGGGGGAGGUCAGCUUGGCCUUGGCAGGUGGCCUUCCUUGUUGCCUUGGUGAUGCUCUACGUUGACCCAGUGUCUGCUGGCAACCGUAACCAUCGGGGACCGACAGCAUCAUACCAAGUGAAGCAGGGGACAUGUGAGGUGGUGGCGGUGCAUCGCUGCUGUAAUAAGAAUAAGAUUGAGGAGCGCUCUCAAACCGUCAAGUGUUCCUGUUUCCCGGGGCAGGUCGCUGGCACGACCAGAGCCAGACCCUCCUGUGUGGAAGACAUCUCCCCCACAACACUGCAGCAGAGCCUCUCCAUUUCUGCCAGAUCUUUUUGGUAUCUGCUGGAAACCUUUGCGAGCGUGACUGGAAUUCCAAAUGAAGAUUUUGCAGCGUCCAUUGUAGCCCAGAAGUGGUGGUGUCAAAUGCAGCCAUGUAUGGAUGGGGAGGAGUGUAAGGUCCUUCCUGACCUGACCGGUUGGUCCUGCAGCACUGGCAACAAAGUCAAAACCACCAAAGUCACCCGAUAGCAAGAGAGCCACCGAGCCAUGAGGAAACAUGAAGCUUUCCAUGUGGAAAGGAUGGAUGACUCACACAUAUUGUAUUUACUGUAAGAUGCGGGAAAGGAAAGGACUGCUGUCAAGAUAUCCAUCACAAAAUAAUGGGAUUAAACGUACUCAUCACAAACUAUGUUCACUUGGCAACAUGGAGCCACGUGUACAGCAUAUGUAAUAUGCUGGUUGUUGAGACCAAUGGACUACAAUCAGGGUACCAGUGGACAAUAAGGGGACUCUUUUUUUCCAAUAAUGAACAGUUUGGAUUAAUCAGAAACGUUUGAUUUCAAACUCCAAUUAAGCAUUUCAAAGUAUAUAUUUCAACAAAGCUUUCUGGGACGAGCUUAAGAUGUGAACUAGAGGCGGUGCUGAGAGUGUUGCUGGACACGGUUCAGACCUGUUGAACAUAUACUGGAAACACUGGCGGCAGUCUGGGUGGGUACGUGAGAGUUAGCAGCUUAUAACUAGCAAAUAGCAAAUUAGAUUUAAACGGCUCUUGUGGGUCAAGUCACUACCACAAAGACUGUUUUGCGGGAGUCAUUUUGCAGUUCUAAUUAGGAAUUGCAAUAGGAUCAUAACAACAUAUUAAAAAUUCAUGUAAGAUAUUUGCACUAGUCGAAGCCGUUUGGGAAUGUUUUGUUUUUCUAGAUAUCUCCCAUCUUUUUGCUGUGGAUGUCACAUGAAACUGAAGGUGAGCAUUUUGUAACAUGUCUGACACUUGAAGUAGAUAAAUAUGUAUAUCACACCUCACUCAUUCUGAGUAGUUAUUUGUUUAAAAAAAAAGGCUCAGACUGUCGAGCUUCACUUACAUACAGCUUGGUACAAUAUGAACUAUUAAAGUGUGAUUCAUCCGUCUCAUUUUUUUGCCCAGAGAAAUUUUCCAGGCUCGGCCUUCAGAGUUAUAUAUCUUUGAUCUGUUUUAUUCGGUACUGCGACAUCUCUUAUUUUGACUGUUGAAAGGAGGACCAUAAAUGUUCAAACAAG